ACACACCCUCCCCAGACACAGUUAUUCGCUGCAACAGUGAUGACUCUGAAGGUGACGCUGGGCAUAGAAAGUUGCCAGACGUGCGUAAGGAUGACAUGUCUGCCCGCCGCGUGUCCUACAAAGAGCCUCGCGUAGCUCUACACCUUCAAUCAGUAUCUGCCAAACAAGACCAACCAGACCAACUACCUUCCUGCUCCCCUGAGGAAGAGGAGGAGCGACAGAGAGGAAGACAGGAGGAGUCUGAGCAACUCAACAUCUCCUGUAGGAGGAGAAAGACCUCUCAGUCAGGCUGACUCCGCCUCCCCUGAGGUGCCAAUCAUAAUUCGUAAGGACAAUCCUUUCUUGAAUCCUGAAAAAGACAGGGGAAAAGAGGGGAAUGAGGAAGAUGAAAGAGAGGAAGAGGGGAAGAUAGUUGUUCCAAACCCACUCAAAGAUGAUCUAGCCAGAAGGCGGACUGGGAGAGGGCCACACCCUCCCAAAGAUCCUCAUCAGUCAUUGGUCCAGGCUUCCAUCACUCGGUCAGACCUGGAGAAAUGGCAGAGGCUCAAGAUGAAUACAGAUAGCAGUGAGUCUGACUCCACUUCUGCUGAAGUGUCAAUCAUAACUCGCAAGGACAACCCCUUCCUGACCCCUGAGAAAGACAGUGAGAGUGAGCAGGAGAAGGAGGAGGGAACAGACAGAGAGAAAGGGGCAAGGGUGGUGAUGCCUAAUGUAAAGAAAGAUGACCUGGCCAGAAGGCGGGGCCAAAGUGGGCCUGUCCCACAGAGGGAUCCCCGGCAGUCAUUGGCUCAAACAACCAUCACUCAGUCAGACCUGGAGAAAUGGCAAAGGCUCAAGAUGAAUACAGAGAGCAGCGAUGACCCUAUUGUCCCUCUGUGUCAGAUGUGUCUUGAGAAAGGCUGCCUCUCUGUUUCCUCCAAGAUGACGGUUGCCAAGAGCGACGUGGCCAGUUGCCGAGAACAUUCCUCCGGUGAACGGCGGCGUUUUGUAACAUUUGGGGGUGUGACAGAGAUGGAGAGUACUUCUUGGAAAGAGGAGGAGGAUGAGGAAGGGGGAGAGGGACAGGGGAACGAGGCAGAGAAGCUUCGAUAUCUCCUCUCGAUGGCACCUGUUGCUGUGCCCACCAUAGGGCAGGGCUCCAUACUGACAAAGAGAGCGGUGGGCAGUGGAGAUGCAAACCCUGAGCCUUCUCCCAUCACGCCCCCUGAACCUCCGAACCGUGUUAUGUUUGACCUUAAAAGGCCUUUAACCUCCACCGAGCACAGAGUGCUGGAGGAGGAACUGGCUGAGAAAGCAAAGGAUGAGAGGGAGGAUGAUGAAGAGGAUGAAGAAGAAGAGAGGCAACCAGAUAUAGAAAAGGACGACAUGCUCGCUCGUAGAACAGGAGCAUUACAGAAGCCAGCAAGCGGGACUUCAUAUAACAGAUUCCUCCCGCACCCAGGUUCCAAGAGGCAGUGUGCCACAGCAGCUUCCUUAGCCCAGAAAGGAACGAGUGGAGAAAGAGAUCUCCAGUAUAUUGAAAGAAGCAUAAAGACAAAGAGAACCAAGAUUGGACAGAGAAAUGAAACAGUCAGCCAAGAAACAAAGACACCUGUUCCAGUUGCUGUAGUCACAGAAAAGAACCCCGACAUUGUGCGUUCUUCUGCAACUAAGGCCACCCGCUCUGGCGGUUACGAUGAUGAUGAUGAAUGCGGGUAUGACGAUCAACUGCCAGAUUUUGAGAAGGAUGACAUGCUUGCACAAAGGACCGGAUCUUACCAAAAGCCAAGUGCAGGACAGGCUUUUAAUGCUUUUCUGCCCAAACCUGGUGCUGUCAAACACAAAAUCCCUCCUGUCAGUGGAUCACAGUCAUACCUCAAGCCCAGAGAGCAAGAGACAGCCCCGUCUCUGGACAGCUUCACCCUUAGCUCUGUGGCCCCACCCCCAAGAGAUGCUGAGGACACACCUAGGAAGUGCCCUCAGAUGAUGGACAGGCAGGAGGCAGGCUCUGUGGGUGUGGUGGGACAUGAAAGUCUUAUUAAAGAUGAGACUGUUACCAAAAGCCCCUCCCCCAGACCUCACCAUCCCUCACGUCGGCCCCUUUGGCAGGAAGACGAUGAUCUCCCCCCAAUAUUCAGAGCUACUAGUGUUUCUGACACAGAGAGUAUGAGUUUGAUUGACAUGCGUGAUGAAGAAGAUGAGAUGGCCUACCUUCGGCCACACAGCCAAUCACGACAUGAGCACCUACACAACCAGUACAACAAACUCAAAGAGGAGGAGGACCAGUGGCAGGACGACUUGGCUCGCUGGAAGAAUCGGAGGCGAAGUGCAUCUCAAGAUUUGAUCAAAAAGGAAGAAGAGAGGAAGAUGAUGGAGAAGCUAAUGACAGCGGAUGGAGGAUCUGGCCAUCGCAGGAAGAGCAUCAAGACAUACAAAGAAAUUGUAGAGGAGAAAGAGCGUAGGGAACAGGAGCUACAUGAACAAUACUGCAAGGCCUCCACCCCAGAAGAGAAAGCAGCUGUGCUUCAACGCUAUGCUCUCCGUUUCACCAUCAGCGAUGCCAUAUUAGAGAAACUCCAGCUCCCCAAACUGCCUUCUGCUGCUCCACCAAUGCACACGUCACCUCUUCAUCAACCCGAAAAGAAGCUGACAUGUACCACCUUAGUAGAAACAGAGGUCCCAGAGCCUGAACAGACUACCCAAACACACCACAGUGUCUAUAUAGAGCAGAAGACUACACAAAAACAGGCACAGGCACAGCCCAAAACCCCUGAACCAUCACCUUCUGAGACCACCAAAGCUCCAGAAGUCCUGUCAGCACCCACACAAGUUCCUCCGGCUCCAUCGAAGCCUGUACCCCUGAUCACCCCAAAACCCUACAGCCAGCCCAAAUUCAGCCAAGGCCUCUGCAAAUCAGUGAAGAGUGAUGGGCUGAUACGUGUGAACGGUGACAGCAGAGAGAGGGAUGAUUCUGUGUCAUGUCCUCAAAUCAACGUCUCUUCCUCACCUCCAAAGCCAGAUAGUCAAAGUCAACAAAAUGAGGAGCUCAUUGUUUUAGAAACCUCAGAACACGAGCAAAACGUACAGACCAUUUCUGACAAGAAGAAUGAAGUAAUAGAGGAGGAAAAAAAGUGUUCUCUUAGUCCUCAGGAAGAGAAUAGCAAAGAAGACACCUCGACUACACUAUCGGUGUCAGAACCAGAAGGAAAGCAGCCAGUGCCUGACACGAUGAUGAAGCGCAGCUGUGUUGUCACAACAACCAUAGUGACAGAACUCACUCAGACGCACCCCGUCCCACCAACUGAUGCGUCCAGCACUGAGCAGCUCGAUUCAGUCCAUAGUUCAUGUGAUGUGAGUUCAACUGCCGAGUCAAGCAAGACUGAGCAGACUUCAUACUCUCUCUCAAUGACAGAGUCCUCACAUACCUCUAAUAGCUCUAGGUUACGCUGGGAGUUCUUCGCUCCAACAGAGGGGAUUGACUACUCCAUUGAUUGUGUAAGUACUUAAGUAAGCCAAAAUCACACUCACUCUUCCUGAAUAUCUCUUUAUUUCCUCUUUCUGCAUUCUUUUCACAUCCUUUCCUUUCACUCUUUUUUCCGUCGUUAGUCCUUCAUUGUAACAUUUUGGUCAUUUUGGCUGUUAGAGUACUGGCUUGAUGGGAACAGAUUGUAUUUGGCAUGUUUGCUGUUGCAUUGCUUUUCACUGAAGUUUCAGUAUAUCGCACCAACA